ACGGUCGUAGAAGUGGACGCGUGGGGUAAUCGGUUUCACGAUCAUACAGGAAAACAAAGGCAGGAAAGAAACUCGCGGAGAAAGUGCCGCUUGCAACUUGUCCGGCGAUAGACGCGCAGACGCACUAAACUCACCGAGAUUCCUCUCGUCGCUCUUCGAAACGCGAGUUUGCAAGGUUUGCGGGAAGUUACGACAGCGUGUGAGUCUGCAUCGCGUUCUCUUCUUGUCCCUUGCAAGUUGCCGAGACGAGUUGGUCGACCGGUUAGACGAGCCAAUCGCGGACGAUCGCGCGCAGCACUCACGGGUUUCCGCGAUUUUCACAGUUUUUGUAGUUUUACCGUAACGAGCAACCGAGAAGCACGUGUGCCCGUUUAAACUUGGGAAGGCUCGACGCAGGCAGGCAAGACGAGCGGGUGCAAACUCUACUCGGAUCUCAACUUGGCGGACCUUAAUUUUCCGUAAACCGCUGUGCGCAAUGGGCUCGAAAGACGAAUGGGAUUAUUCCAUCCAGAACGGACCCAGCACCUGGGUAACGAAAUUCCCGAUGGCAGCCGGCUCGCGGCAGAGUCCGGUGAACAUCGAGACCGAUCGGGCGGAAUCCGAUCACGAGGCUCUAAGUAGCAAACCGCUCCGUUGGAAGUAUCCGGCUACGGCUUCGCGGAAGCUGGUUAAUCCUGGAUAUUGUUGGCGGGUGGACACCGACGGCGAAGGCACAUUUUUAAGUGGUGGACCCUUGAUGGACGACGUCUACAAGCUGGAGCAAUACCACUGUCAUUGGGGAUGCAGCGAUUCCAGGGGAUCCGAACACACGGUGGACGGUCAAGCUUUCGCCGGAGAGCUACAUUUGGUGCAUUGGAACACCAGCAAGUAUAAGACUUUCGCCGAAGCUGCGAAAGCUUCUGACGGUCUGGCUGUUUUGGGAGUUUUUCUUAAGGUUGGCAAAACACAUGAAGAAAUGGACAAAAUCGCGCGUCUACUACCAUACGUCUCACACAAGGACGAAGUUGUAGAAAUUACGGAACCUAUCGAUCCUGGUAAACUUCUUCCUGUGCGCGGUGGACGAGCCGGCACGCAGAGAUGCGUGAAUCCGUGCAUGCGCUGGGCCGACCGAAUUAUUCCUCGCCACGAGAACAAAUGGGACUUCCAAGACGAUAACGGAUAUUGGACGUACUUGGGCUCGCUGACAACGCCGCCGUGCAAUGAAAGCGUCACUUGGAUUCUUUUCAAAAAGUAUAUCGAGGUCUCCCAUCACCAGCUGAAUAUUUUCCGCAAUCUGCGAAAGUUUCCGCGUGGCGAAGAGUGUCCUUGUCACGAGAAUCACGGAGCGGUAAUCAACAAUUUCCGCCCACCAAUGCCGCUGGGAAACCGCGUGCUGCGUGAAUGCGGUAGCUUCUGAAGGUCUCCUCUCCACGUGGAAAAUAAGAGGGAAGAGAAAAGCAGGAAGGUUCUUCCUUCGAUCUUCUCUUCAAUUUUGUGAAUCGCACCUUCAUAGUGACUGGUUGCGCAAUAUACAUAGUUGCUAACAGCGUUCAAUGUGCCUUCCGAUUAAUCAACGAACACUCGCGCUAUUCUGCGAAUAGCAGUUCACUAACUCAUCGUUUCUUCGUUAAUCGAGUUUUAUAACGGUGCAAUCGAUCCCGUUGUCAGGAGAAACAGUCCUCUCCACGACGGGCAAGAAGUUUCUGUUGGUUUGUGGACGCGAAUUGAAAAUAUGUGUUGGCUUGGCUCUUGCAUAGGGCGAGCGGGCAGAGCGAGCUCGUCAUGUUCUAUACAUUAUUCAACUUGAUUGUACAAUAAACUGUAGAUCUUAGAUAUUAAAAACUGGCGUUGUCAACAUAUCUCGCAAUUACCAUGACUUUAUAUAGAAUGUAUCAUGAAACGUAAAUGUCGUUUAAAUGUACUUUUAGAUAAAUUCCAUCUAACGGACAUACUUGCGUUUUAGGAUACAUCCUGCAUAACAUGUUAUUGUGGAUUCAUCGAAAUACUAAAUUCAAGUAAGAUCUUUGACCAAUCGAAUGUUGCUUGAUAGUAGUAAACGUUAUACGAAUCGUUAAAAAUAUUAUCAUUAAAAAAAGAUAUUUUAUUGUUUUACGAUGUGAAUUGCAGUAACUGCCGACCGACCGCGCCCAUUUUGCGGCUCCUCCAGGGACACUGUCACGUUUAUUGCAAACAGUCUCACAUAUUUAGAAUAUUUAUCUGAAUUAUUUCAGGGGAUAAUUUUUAUUGUCAUUUACUUAAAAAAAAUUCAAUUUUCAAUAAACUUUUUGACACACGCGGAAACGCGUAUUAUCAAACGCGCGUAUAGUUUAUCGAAUGAUAAAUUUAAAUCAUCAGCAUUAAGGAAGUGUGUUUGUGCGGUCGGGGACAUUCUGGAAUAGUUAAUAAACGCGCGCAUUUCAAUAAUAAUAGUUCAAGUGCAAUUAUGGAUGAAGAUAAAGUAGAUAAAGUUGAAUAGUAAUUUUGCUUUUUGCGCAUGGGGAAUUUCGCUUUCUCGUUAAAUAGAAAUUGCUGCUUGCAACUGCGCCAUUGCGAAAGAACGAAGUCUAUACGUACAAGCAUGCAUUGUUUUCGCGAUGCAAAGCAAGAUAAAAUUUGUAUUACAAUGGCAUUGGCUGACUGCUCAAUGUUUCAUUAUACAUUAUAUCACUUUACACGUUGUAGAUUGAUAUAAAGUAAUGACACGCAAGGUUUUAAAUACGAGAAAAUGUAUCAUAGAGCGCACAGCGAGAGAUCCUGUUCGAUCAAUUACCUAAUAAACGGUGAUACGUGUUGCAUUAAUGAAUGUCGCAGGUGCGAUGCUCUAGAUUGUUUAUAGAUGCUGUUAUGUUACGUUACGCGUGCGGUACGCAUGCGGAUACGUGGUCUAAAAUUGGAGCCGUUUACAAUGUAUUUAUAUAAAGCGUGUAUUUAUAAAGUGUCUACUACUGUUGACGCGCGAGUAAUGCAAGAGCCGAGAACAUUGUACAGCUUUAUUCCAGAUAGCUAUAUACAUAAAUUCGUGCAAUAUAAUCACAAUUGUAUACAGUUCAUUGCACGACUAAUGUAUCGAGCAACAAGUGAGAUGCUGAAUGUUGCUGAUUGUUACAGUGGCAUUUGUCGCGGAUGUGACUUGGAGGUAACGUGCUAUUCUACUAACUUUGGUCUGAAA